UCACUGCACUGCUUCACUCUGCUUUUAAUGUGUCUCAUGCAUGAGUGCCACAUUUUCAAGAUACCAUGUCGAGUUCUGUGUUCUGUGUUUUUACUCAACUUAUCUCUUCUCUCUUUCUCUCGCAGUGUUUCACAGAUAAUGUUGCAGACACAAGUGGACUAGCACAAUUCCACGAUUUUAUAAAUUUACAAUCUUACAUCCUUUAAAGGAGCCAACCAUGUCUGACUAUUCCCCACAGGGAGCUCCCAUGCUGAGAUUAUUCACGCUGGGAUUAUCUAUACCCUCCCUUCAUGACAAGAAAGGGCGAUCAAAGCCUUCAUGUCUGUUUCAGGAGCGCCGGGAGUAUAAGCCUCAAGCCUCUUUGAGACAAAAAGCACCUAAGCCUGUUAAGCCCCCACAGAAAUCACCUGUGAUUGAGUGUUCCCCACAGGAAGCACCUCUGUCUGAGUGUUUCUCAGGAGCACCUGUGGUUUCCACAGGAUCGCUGCAGGGAGUAUACAUGCCUGCUAAGACUCCACAGAGAGAACCUCUACUUGAGAGUUUUACAGAGGGUGGUCAAGUGUUCAAGUGUUCACCAGAGGGAUCACCUGUGUCUGGUUGUUCUCAAGAGGGAGCACCAAAGCCUAUGUGUUCCCCACAGGCAGCUCCUGUGAUUGAGUGUUCCCCACAGGGAGCUCCCAUGCUGAGAUUAUUCACUCUGGGAUUAUCUAUACCCACUCUUCAUGACCAGAAAGGGCGAUCAAAGCCUUCAUGUCUGUUUCAGGAGCGCCGGGAGUAUAAGCCUCAAGCCUCCUUGAGACAAAAAGCAACUAAGCCUGUUAAGUCCCCACAGAGAUCACCUGUGCCUGAGUGUUCCACUCAAGGAACACCAGUUUCAACAGGAUCCCUGCAGGGAGCACAUAUGCCAGCUGAUACCCCACAGGGAGAAUCUAUGCUUGCAAACGUCUCAAAGGUAAGGCCAUUGCCCAAGUGUUCCCCAGAGGGAUCAUACAUACCCAAGUGUUCCACACAGGAAGCACAUUUGUCCAAAUGUUCCCCACAGAGAGAAUAUGUGCACACCGGGAGCAUACAAGGAGAAAUGGUUCUUAAGUGCCCCCUACAGGAAUUACCUGUGCUUGAGUGUUCCCCACAGGGAGAACCUGUGUUUGAGUUUACCCAAGCAGAACUGUUUUCUCCCGAAGGUUCCACUCAGGGAGUAUCUUACAAUCAUGGAACACCCAUGCCUAAGGUGUUCACCCUGGGAAAGUCUGUACCUUUCUUAUCCACAGAGAACUCCAAGCUACGUAAGUAUCAAGCUUUCUUGAGACAGGGAAAACGCUUGUCUGUUAAGUCCCCACAGGGAACACCUCUGCUUGAGAGUUAUUCAGAGGUAGGCCCGGUGUUUGAGUUACCCCCAGUGGUAGCGUUAACUCCUGAAGGUUCCCCUCAGGGAGCAUCUUCCAAUCAUACAACACCCAUGCCCAAGUUGUUAACCCUGGGAAUAUCUGUACCGGUCUUGUCCACAAAGAAGUACUGGCUACAUAAGUAUCAAUCUUUCUUGAGACAAAGAACACACUUGUCUAUCAAGAGUGCACAGAAAUCUCCUGAGCCUGAGUUUUCACCUCAGGGAGCACCUGUGAAUGGAUAUUUCCAAAAAGAAGCACCCCUGUCUGAGUGUUUCUCAGGAACACCUGUGCUGGAGUAUUUUACUCAAGGAAUGCUGGGUUCCACAGAAUCCUUGCAGGGAGUAAACAUGCCUGCUAAGGACCCACAGGGAGCACCUCUGCUUGAGAGUUAUUCUGAGGGAGGCACGGUGUUUGAGUUACCCCCAGUGGAAGCGUUAACUCCCGAAGGUUUCCCUCAGGGAGGAUCUUCCAAUCAUACAACACCCAUGCCCAAGUUGUUCACCCUGGGAAUAUCUGUACCUGUCUUAUCCACAAAGAACUACCGGCUACAUAAGUGUCAAUCUUUCUUGAGACAAAGAACACACUUGUCUAUCAAUAGUGCACAGAAAUCUCCUGAGCCUGUUUUUUCAUCUCAGGGAGCACCUGUGACUGAAUAUAUCCCAAAAGAAGCACCCCUGUCUGAGUGUUUCGCAGGAACACCCAGACUAGAGUAUUCUACUCAAGGAAUGCUGGGUUUCACAGGAUCCUUGCAGGGACUAUACAUGCCUGCUAAGGACCAACAGGGAGCACCUCUGCUUGAGAGUUAUUCAGAUGGAGGCCCGGUGUUUGAGUUACCCCCAGCAGAAGCGUUUACUCCCAAAGGAUCCCACCAGGAAGCAUCUUCCAAUCAUACAACAACCAUGCCCAAGUUGUUCACCCUGGGAAUAUCUGUACCUGUCUUAUCCACAAAGAAGUACCGGCUACAUAAGUAUCAAGCCUUCUUGAGAAAAAGAACAUACUUGUCUAUCAAGACUGCACAGAAAUCUCCUGAGUCUGAGUUUUCAUCUCAGGGAGCUCCUGUGACUGAAUGUUUCCAACAGGAAGCACCCAUUCCUGAGUGUUACCCAGAGGAAGAACCAAUGAUUGUGUGUUCCCCAGAGGAGGAAUCCAUGAAUGUGUGCUCCCCAGAGGAAGAACCCAUGCUUGUGUGUUCCUCAGAGGAAGAACCCAUGCUCGUGUGUUUCUCAGAGAAAGCUUCUGAGUCUGAGUUUUCUCCACAGGAAGCACUCAUGCUUGAGUCUUCCCCUCAUCAAAAACCCUUGCCUUAUGGCUUCCACUUCAUGCCAAAGUUAUUUACUUUGGCAUUAUCCUCACUCAUUUCUUCCACAUGGAAGCACCAGCAGCAUAAGUCCCAAUCUUCCAUGAAACAGAGAACUCGUUUACCUGCCAGGUCCUCAAAGAAAUCACCUACACCCAAGAGUUCUUCACCAGAUGCGGCCAUGCCUGAGUGUCCCCCUGAGGAAGGAUCCAUGACCCAUCUUGACAAAGCAAAGGUCGAGGCAAGAGAACGCCACAGGUCCCCAUAUAAUCAGACAAGGAAGUCACAGAGAGUCACCCAACCUGCCAAGGGUAAAAAAGAGGCAACCAUGCCUGUGUGUUCCCCAGAGGAAGAAGAACCCAUGCUUGUGUAUUCCUCAGAGGAAGAACCUAUGCUUGUGUGUUUAUCAGAGAAAGCACCCAAGCCUGAGUUUUCCCCACAGGAAGCACUCAUGCCUGAGUCAUCCUCUCAGGGAGCAUCUUCCCCUCAUCAAACACCUUCACUCUCUGGCUUCCCUGAUGAAGCUCCCAUGCCAGAGUUAUUAAAUCCUGGAAUAUCUUCACCCGUUUCUUCUAUAAGGAAGCACCAGCAGCAUAAGUCCCAAUCUUCCUUGAAACAGAGAACUCGUUUACCUGACAGGUCCUCACAGAAAUCACCUGCACCCAAGAGUUCUUCACAAGAUGCGGCCAUGCCUGAGGGUUCUCCUGAGGAAGGAUCCAUGACCCAUCUUGACAAAGCAAAGGUUGAGGCAACAGAACGCCACAGGUCCUCACAUAAUCAGACAAGGAAGUCACAGGGAGUCACCCAAUCUGCCAAAGGUAAAAAAGAAGCACCCAUGCCUGUGUGUUCCCCAGAGGAUGAAGCACCCAUGCCUGUGUGUUCCCCAGAGGAUGAAGAACCCAUGCCUGUUUGUUCCCCAGAGGAAGAACAACCCAUGCCUGUUUGUUCCCCAGAGGAAGAAGAACCCAUGCUUGUGUGUUCCUCAGAGGAAGAACCCAUGCUUGUGUGUUCCUCAGAGGAAGAACUCAUGCUUGUGUGUUCCUCAGAGGAAGAACCCAUGCUUGUGUGUUCCUCAGAGGAAGAACCCAUGCUUGUUUGUUCCUCAGAGGAAGAACCUAUGCAUGUGUGUUUAUCAGAGAAAGCACCCAAGCCUGAGUUGUCCCCACAAGAAGCACUCAUGCCUGAGUCAUCCUCUCAGGGAGCAUCUUCACCUACACUCUCUGGCUUCCCUGAUGAAGCUCCCAUGCUGGAGUUGUUAAAUCCUGGAAUAUCUUCACCCGUUUGUUCCACAAGGAAGCACCAGCAGCAUAAGUCUCAAGCUUCUUUGAAACAGAAAACCCUCUUGCCUGUCAAAUCCUCACAGAAAUCACCUGUGCCAGAGAGCUUUUCACAAGAAGCAGCUAUGCCUGAGUGUUCCUCUCAGGAAUCAUCCAUGCACACCGGGACCCCACAAAGCCCGUCUCUUCUUAAAGCCCAUCUUGACAAAACAAGGGUGGAGGAACCACACAGGUCCUCAUCUAAUAAGGCUAGGAUGUCACAUGGAGUAUCCCAACCUGCCAAGACUCUGAAAAAAGCACCCAUGCCUGAAUGUUCCCCAGAGGAAGAACCCAUAAGUGUGUGUUCCCCAGAGGAAGAACCUAUGCUUAUGUUCUCCCCGGAGGAAGAACCUAUGCUUAUGUGCUCCCCGGAAGACGAACCCUUGCAUGUGUGUUCCCCGGAGGAAGAGCCCAUGCUUCUGUGUUUAUCAGAGAUAGUACCUGAGCCUGAAAUUUCCCCACUGGGAGCACCCAUUCUGUCCUUUCAGCAAGACAAUAAAUGUGCUCCACGCAAAAAACAGCACACAAUAAAGGAUGCAAAGGUACAGCAGAAGCCGCAAAGAAGGAGAAAAAAGAAGAACCAAAGGCAGCAGGCAAGACCAUGCCCAAGUUCCCAUCCUAAUCUGAAAAGGAAAUGUGCAUGCAGCAGAAAAAAACUGGACAACUUAGAUGGAUGUCAGCUUCCAAAGAGGAAAAAGACAAAUAACAGAGGUCAAAGAUUCUUUCACCUCAGAGCCUGUCAAUGCUGCCGUUUUUAUUUGAGAAGUCAGCAGCGGAGAAAGCGAAACUCUUGUGCCCAUCAACUGCCAAGAAGAUCUCAUUGUAACCUUUACCCAAAAGCCUGUCCAUGUUCCCAACCUAGUUUUUGGAGACAGCAAAACCCACAUACCCAUCAAAGAGAACCAGUGCAUCUGAGGCAAAGAACUCGAAGACCUCCCCCCAGAGCAUAUUCAUGGCUUCAAUCCACUUUGUGGAACCCUUAUGACCCUCAAGUACGACAAUCAGAUCUGGGACGAAGAGCUCAAAGAAUCUCCCCAAGAGCACAUACUUGGUUCCAGCCAAGUUUGUGGAGGCAACAGAAUGUGUAUUCUUCUCAAUCACAACCAUGGCAUAUGGGGCAUAUGAGGCUUCACCCAAGAACAUAUCCAUGGGCCCAUCCCCAUUUUAGGAGGCAGGAGAGCCCUCGUGCCCAUCAAUCACGACCAUUACAUUUAGGGCAAAGAGAAAUGAGGGUUCAUCCAAGAAUGCACCCAUGGACCCAUCCCCACUUGUGGAGGGCACAGAAUGCAUAUGAACCUCGAUCAAGACCAUGGCAUCUGGGACAAAGAGCUUUGAGAUUUCACCCAAGAGCCUAUUCAUGGUUCUGGCCCAAUUAAUCAGUCACCUAGUUCAUAAAACAUGAUUUUUUUGGAUUUGGAUUUGUUU